AUGCAAUUAGUACCAAAUGAUAUUCGGACAGAAGAUAUUUCAGAAACAGAGCCCAUUUUGUCGCAGCCUAGUAGAGUUGAGAGAUCAGAGGAAUCUUCCUCGUCAAUUGAAAUAACUGUGUGUGGCGAUUGUUCUAUAUCUUAUGAUGACCUUCCCAGUCCUGAUGUUCAUGAAAAUUACUCUCUGGUGCAACCAGACCAACCACAAUGCCGGAUAUGCCUUGACUCUGAAGGAGAAGAUUUGAUUGCACCAUGCCAUUGUAAAGGCACCCAAAAGUUCGUCCACAGAUCAUGUCUUGAUAAUUGGAGGUCAACAAAGGAGGGCUUUGCUUUUGCUCACUGUACAGAAUGCAGGGCAAUGUUUAUAUUGCGCGCAAACGUCCCCCCUGACCGUUGGUGGCUGAGAUUAAAAUUUCAAAUUCUUGUUGCAAGGGACCAUGCGGUCAUUUUUGUUGUUAUUCAGCUGAUUGUUGCGUUUCUAGGUGUACUUGUGUACAAAUUUUAUGGAGAAGAACUAAGGGAAAUGUUUGGUUAUGAAGAACACCCAUAUGGAUUCUACACAAUGGCAGUUUUAGCAAUUGUGUUGGUGGGAUUGCUUUAUGGAUUCUUCAUUGCAAUAAUAUGCGGACAGAGGAUCAAUGAGCGCCACUACCAUGUUCUUGCCAAACAAGAACUAACAAAGGAAUAUGUGCCAUGUCACCGAGCUAAGAAUGCUGGGCCUCUAUUAAGGGUUUCCAUUCCAUGGUGCUUUGGAUGUAUUACAGUUUUGAAAUGGAGAUAUUUACAUGUCAGUUCCAAUGGAACCUUGUUGCCUUAA